AUGCCUAUACGCAUGCGGGUUCGUGGUCCCUGGGGGGUCGAGACCAUACAGGCCGAGGACGACUGGACUCUCGAGCAGCUGGUUAAAACCAUCCAGGAGAAAUGCAGAGUAUCAGAAUUCUCUCUCAAGUCUGGGUACCCGCCCUCAGAACUCGACCUUAGAGCCAAGCAAACGCCCAUCAAGGAUCUCAAGCUCAACGGAGAGACAUUGACUCUGGUCCCUGCAGCACGAGAGCUGGAAGACGCGCCCGUACCGGAAGCCAAACGGGCAAAGACGGUACCUGAGGCCCCUGCUUUCCAACCCAAGGGUGUUGAGGCAGAUGAGACGACCGUAGAAUGGCCAGAGCAAGGAGGCUAUCUUGUCUUGCGUGUCAUGCCCGACGACAACAGCUGUAUGUUUACAGCCUUUGGUGGUGUCAUGCAGAUUAGCGAUCCGGCCGCCCGCCUGCGCAGAGAGAUUGGCGAGCACAUUCUCAACAACCCGGACAAGUAUAGCAAAGCGAUCCUCGAGAAUCUCGACCCAAAGGUGUACGUAGAGCGUUUGCAGGAUCCGCAGCGCUGGGGCGGUUCUAUCGAGCUCAUGUGCUUGAGUGAGAUCUACAAUAUUCAAAUAUGCUCUAUUGACGUCAAGUACGCUCGAGUGGACACGUACGGAGAGGGCAAGGACACACGUUGCAUUCUUCUCUACUCUGGCAUACACUAUGACCGGAUCGCACAGAGCUUUGAACUUGGCUUGCCUGUGGACUCUGAUGUGACGCAAUGGGGUACCGAGAACGACGAUGUGAUCAAGAAAGCGAAGGAAUUGGCAGCCCAACUUAAGCGUCAAGACUAUUAUACCGAUACGCAUGACAUGGUUAUUCGCUGCAAUGUGCCUGGCUGCGAACACUGGAUCGGCUCGGGGGAGAAGGACAUGGUCAAGCACACCAAGGAGACCGGUCAUGCCGCGUUUGAAGAGAUGAAGCUGUCCGACUGA